AUGGCCCUGUUUGGAAGAAUUGAUGACUUUAAGCCGGAAAACGAGCCGCGGUCGGCUUAUAUUGAACGGCUUGAACAGUUUUUUGUAGCUAACGACAUUGCCGACGAUAAGAAAGUUGCUACGCUAUUGAGUGUAAUGGGCGCAACUACAUACGGACUUUUAAGAAAUUUAGUAAGGCCCCGGAAGCCUAAGGACAAGACGUUUGGCGAGAUAGUGACUGUUUUAAAGGAACACUUUGAGCCAAAGCCGUUGCUGGUGGCAGAGAGGUUCCGUUUCAACCGGUGCAAUCAAAAAGCUACUCAGCCGGUCGCACAGUACGUAGCGGAGCUGAAGCAGUGUGCCGCUAACUGUGAGUUUGGCACCAACCUGGACGCAUCACUACGAGAUCGGUUCGUCAGUGGAAUAAGAAACAAAGCCUGCCAGCGGAGGCUACUCUCCGAAAAUGACCUACCUUUUGCCAAACCGUUUGAGAUCGCCGUCAACAUGGAGACGGCUGACAGAGACGCACGUCAGCUGAGAGGGAUGGAGAACGAAACAGGCGGAGCUGCAAACGUCCAUGAGGUGAAGCUGCAAAGAGCCAGGAACUGUUACAGUUUAUAUAACAUAUCUCCAGUAAAGCAUAGUGACUGGGCAGCACCGGUAGUUCCGGUGGAAAAGAUGGAUAAGUCACUUCGCCUGUGUGGUGAUUAUAAAGUGUCAGUUAACCCAGCACUUGAAACAGACACACAUCCCUUACCUCGCUUGGAAAAGCUUUUAGCUACCCUUAGUGGAGGUAAGAUUUUCUCUAAGAUUGACUUAUUAGCAGCAGCUUAUCAGCAAGUUUUGCUAGACGAUGACUCCAAGAAAUACACUACCAUCAACACCCACAGAGGGUUGUUUGUGUAUAACCGACUUCCUUUUGGCAUCAGUUCCGCUCCCUCAAUCUUCCAGCGGAUUAUGGAAAACAUAAUGAAAGACUUACCUGUGGUAGUUUUCCUUGAUGAUCUUCUCAUCAUGGGACGUUCGGAGGAGGAUCACCUCCACAACCUUCAGAGAGUCCUGCAACGCUUACAGGAAAAUGGACUACGAGUGAAAUGCUCAAAGUGUGAGUUUGGGAAAACUCAGCUUGAGUAUUUGGGUCAUGUACUGGACGAGCGUGGCAUUCACCCUUCAGAAGAAAAAGUGAGAGCAAUACAUGAGGCUCCUGCACCCACCAAUGUUAAGGAGCUACAAGCGUUUUUGGGUCUCUUAAACUAUUAUGGGAGAUUUUUGCCCCAGCAGAGCACAGUGUUGGCACCACUGUACAGACUUCUUAGAGGAGAUGUAGUUUGGAAAUGGACUGACGCAGAACAGUCUGCUUUUGUGAAGUGCAAGGACCUGCUGACGAGUGACCAGGUUUUAGCACACUAUGAUCCCAGUCUUCCACUCACUCUAGCAUGCGAUGCCUCUGCAUAUGGCAUUGGAGCGGUGAUCCAACACACCAUGCCAAAUGGGGAGGAGAGACCAAUUGCUUAUGCUUCCCGCAUGCUGUCUCCAGCUGAGAAAAAAUAUUCUCAGAUAGACAAGGAAGCUCUUCGAUUGAUUUAUGGUGUAAAGAAAUUCCACCAGUAUUUGUGGGGUAGACAUUUUACCUUGGUCACUGACCAUCGCCCCCUCUUGACACUUUUUGGCGAGCACAAGAGUCUGCCUACAUUGGCUGCUGCACGCAUUCAGCGGUGGGAAAUUAUACUGUCAGUGUAUGACUACAACAUUGUCGAUUGUAAGUCAGCAGAGCACAGUAAUGCUGAUGGACUCUCCCGUUGCCCUUUACCUGAGACCAGCGACACAGGAACUACUGUAGCAUCGGCUACUGUCCACUCACUGCUUGCAGAACAUCUACAAAGGGCGCCACUCAAAGCCACUUCAGUAGCCCAGAUGACACGCACGGACAGUGAGCUAGCCCGUGUCUACAAGUAUGUCAUGGAAGGCUGGCCAGAUAAAGUAGAAGACACAUUGAAAGUGUUUUUCACUAAGAGAAGCGAGUUAUCUACAGAGCAAGGUUGUGUCCUUUGGGGAACCCGAGUCAUUGUACCCUCAAAAAUGAGAAAAUCACUGUUAGAGGAAAUUCACUCAGGACACCAAGGUAUAGUGAAGACUAAAGCUCUUGCUCGUAACUUUGUAUGGUGGCCAAAUCUUGACUCGGAUGUGGAGCAAAUGUGUAAAGAAUGUGAAACCUGUCAGAUGGAGCAAAAAAGGCCUCAACAUGUUCCACUGAACCCAUGGGAAUUUCCUGGUGAGUCCUGGAAAAGACUUCAUUUAGACUUUGCCAGACCCUUUCUGAACAGCAUGUUCAUGAUUGUCGUGGAUGCUUAUUCAAAGUGGUUGGAAGUGUUUCGGAUGUCACAAAUCACUUCUCAGGCUACUGUGACAAGGCUGAGGAGACUGUUUGCCUCCUAUGGACUGCCGGAGCAAAUUGUUACAGACAACGCCACCACUUUCACUUCUGAGGAGUUUCAGACCUUUGUCAAGCAGAAUGGGAUUCUGCACACAACAAGUGCCCCAGGACAUCCAGCGACCAAUGGUCUGGCUGAGAGAUAUGUCCAGACUUUUAAAACAGGUAUGCAAAAACUUGCCAACAUAACUGUGAACAUUGAUGACAGACUGUCCCUGUUCUUGAUGCAAUAUCGGACGACACCAAACUGCACAACAGGACAGUCUCCAGCUGAUCUGUUUUUACACAGACAUGUCCGUACAAGGCUGGAUUUCCUGAAGCCCUGCACAAAAGAGACGGUGCGCAAAAGACAGUACCAACAGAAAGCCCGCCAUGACCACAGAGCUGCAGACCGUUCGUUUGGCGUGGAUGAUGCUGUGUACCUGCGUAGCACUGUGGGAGGAGACCCCAAGUGGAUUCCAGGGUUGGUGGUGAGACAGACAGGCCCUGUGUCAUAUGAGGUCAGAGAGCGGGAUUCUGACACAGUACACAGACGCCAUGGAGACCAGCUGAGAGCUCGGGCCACAGCUGAACCUGACACUGUGUUAACUAACCCUCAUGUUGAACAGUAA